UGUGUGCAUACUUUCUUUUUUUUUUUUUUUUUUUUUUUUGGCAGUCAGAAAAUUUCCAAAUCUGAAGUCAUCCAGGUGUUGUGUCGAUUCCGAUGGUACCUGAAUGCAGCAUAAUGGUUAAACUCUGCAGCGACAUCCCGAGGCAGUGCGCGCGAAGUUCCCAUCAGCGGCUCGCGACGUGUCCCGGGGCUAACAUAACUUGAAUCCCGCUCCCUGUUUCCCGUCCCAGUUUGGCAGUGAAAGACGCGGCUGUCUCACCCUGCAGCUCGGCACAGACAUGGGGGAAAUCAUCCUGCCACGGCGCAUGUUCCUGUGGAGCAUGGCGGUCAUCUAUCUGGCUGCUUUUGUGUCCCUGUACGUGCAGAUACCAGGUCUCUAUGGUAACGAGGGGCUGUUGCCUGCUCGUUGGCAGCUGCGAUACAGCGGUAAGUCUCUCGGGGAGCAGCUGCUGUCCUCUCCCACCCUGCUGUGGCUGGGACCUCGCCUAGGCUUGGACACGCACACCGCUAUGGAGCUGCUGUGUCUCAUCGGUGCUGUGCUGAGUCUUGCCGCCAUGCUGGUGGAGGCUUUUCGAGACAGCGUGGUGUUUUUCUGCCUUUGGGCCUUGUACCUGUCCAUGUACCAGGUGGGCCAAGUUUUUCUCUACUUCCAGUGGGACAACUUGCUUCUGGAGACGGGGUUCCUCUGUAUCCUUACUGCUCCACUGACAUUAAUCAGAGGGUCCCGAGGGGUCAGAGAGCAUGAUCGCGUGACCUUCUGGCUGCUCCGCUGGUUGCUCUUCAGACUCAUGUUUGCCUCUGGCGUGGUGAAACUCACGUCUCGUUGUCCUACAUGGUGGGGCCUUACAGCUUUGACGUAUCACUACGAGACUCAGUGCAUCCCCACCCCGCUGGCCUGGUAUGCCCACCAGUUGCCGGUGUGGUGGCAGAAGCUGAGUGUGAUGGGCACCUUCAUUAUCGAGAUCGCUGCACCCCUGCUUUUCUUCAGCCCGCUGCGCAGACUCCGUCUCGGAGCUUUUUAUAUGCAGGUGUUGCUUCAAGUGCUCAUCAUUUUGACUGGCAACUACAAUUUCUUUAACCUGCUGACUUUGGCCCUCUGUCUGUCGCUUCUGGACGACCAACAUGUGCACUUUUGGCUACGCAAAGCAGACAAGAUCAGCAACAAUGACUCCAAGCUGUGGUCGUGGCUGUGUUACCUGCUGGAGUUGGCAGUUUGGGCCAUCAUGAUUUUUGGAUCCAUAGUUUGCUUUGACCUGCAGCUGGACACAAAGAAAAACGGCAUCUCCUCCAGGACAGCAUUUACAUACCACCAGUUUAACCAGUUUCUGAAGACCGUCACCAUCCCUUCUAUCUGGAUUGGUGUCCUCUCUCUUACCUGGGAAAUGGUCACAGCCAUGUUCAGAUGUGCAUGUGUCUCUGGUUUCCUGAAGAGGUUUUGGGGAACUCUCCAGUGGACUGUGUUUGCUGCCGCCACAGCCGCGAUGUUCACUAUUAGCCUGGUGCCGUUCACCUACAUAGAGUAUGACUCUAAUGCCAGGUUGUGGCCGGGAGUGCGUCGGGCCUAUGAGCUGACGGAUCGCUUUCAGCUGUCCAACUCAUACGGCCUGUUCAGAAGGAUGACUGGGGUCGGCGGGCGGCCAGAGGUCGUCAUCGAGGGAAGCCAUGAUGGAGUCUCGUGGACGGAGAUAGAGUUUAUGUAUAAGCCUGGAAACAUGAGUGCACCUCCUGCUGUGGUGACGCCUCACCAGCCAAGGUUGGACUGGCAGAUGUGGUUUGCCGCCCUCGGGACUCACACACAGGCUCCGUGGUUCAGCAGCCUCGUGUACAAACUGCUGCAGGGCAAAAGAGAUGUGAUAGAGUUGAUCCAGACAGAUGCAUCAAAGUAUCCGUUCCACCAGCAGCCUCCUGCCUUCGUCAGAGCUCACCGCUACAGAUACUGGUUUACCGAACCAAAGGUUGACGGUUCCCUCCCAGAGCGCUGGUGGAGGAGGGUCUACGAUGAGGAAUUCUAUCCCACAGUGCACCUGGGAAACACCUUUCUGGAGAGCAUGCUUAACCAGUAUGGACUUAAGGACAAAUCACCUGCACGUCGCACAUCCAACACCACUGUUGCCCAGGUGGUGAGGUGGGUGCGCUCUCAGGUCAGAGGUGUUCCUACCCACAUCCUGAUCUGGACCCUCAUUGCCUGCAGCGCCGCCGUCUCUCUGCUCCAGGGAUUGCAGAACAGGAACAAACACGCAAUCCCGAACGCUCAUAAGGCGGCUGUGAGUGAUCACACGGAAAAUGCACCUGGCAGCUCCUCAGACAAGUCAGGUAAACAGCAGGCAGCAGAGGAGGAGGAGGAGGAGGAGGAGGACUGUGAAGAUGAGGUGGUGGAGGAGGGUGAAGACGAGGAGGAAGAGACUGUUGGUGAUGAUGAAAACGGGAAAGACAAAGAUGAGAUCCUUGGAAAGUCUUGAAGAAGAUGCAGGUAAUCCCGUAGUAGACUGUGAUCACCAGCUGCCUUCGUAAAAUUUGUCCGAAUUGACCAAAGAGGAUUGUAAUUCCUGAUCAGCCUAUUGCAGAAAAAAUCACUCUACUUGCCUUUUCCCACCUGCAUAUGUGUUUUCUCAUCAGAAACCAAAAGCUUAGAUAUACUUUAAAGGAUUUUCCUAAAAAAAAUCAAAAAAACAAUAUAUACACUGACACUAAAAUUAUCCCUCUCAGUCUUCACUUAUGACCAACUAGCAGUGUUUGGCAGUGUCUGUCGUAGCCUUUUUUUUUUUUUUUUUUUUAAAUUUUAGUCUUAUUUUGGUUUGCUUUGGACAUUUCUAGAUGUCAAGUCAGCUUUAUUGUCAAUCAUCUAUAUACACAGCUAAACAAAAUGCCGUUUCUCUCGGACCAGAUCCCUAAAGAAAUUAAAUAAGGCAGUAUACGUAAAACAGAGGACACGACAUACAAUAAACGUUUUACAAAUAAGAUAAGAAAGGCAGCGUCAACCUUUGGGUGGUGGUGUGUAGCCUCCAGCCAAUAGCAGCACGAGUUCAGAAAACGUAGCAGCCAGUCGUCUCUCUCUGCUCUGUGGAUGUGAGCUGCAGGUGUGUUGGAUCGAGGGCGAGGUUUAGCCGCGCACGCAGAGCAGAGAAACCAAGCGGACAGGAUGAGGCAUGCACUUCAGCUGAAUUCACACAUUUCCAAUACCGCGGCAACGUCCUGCAGGGCUGUGUGAAGGUGUUUGUCUUAAAUUGUGCCAACCACAGGAAACAAUCGGAAAAUAACAUUUAAUUUCUGUGAUUCACUGCUUUAUACUUGUUGUCACCACUCGCUUGACCUUUUUCCGCCCUCGCAGUCUCAUUGAGUUGAGGAAGAGGGGCCACGUUUGAAUGUUGUUUCUACAGACGGUGAGCUACAAAUCCUGCAAAGCUUGCCUUCAAUUCAGCAGGCUUUCACAGAUGUUAAUAAUUUGAAAAAAAAACACUGAUUGGUUCUGACGGAUGUUGAACAUUCGGAGUGAAAUCUAGUCACGCAGAUCAAAUCAUCGUUUAAAAAGAGUGAAAUAUAGAAUUCAAAGUACAAGGUGGCUUCGCUGUGUCGCCUGUUAAAAGAGUAAAAAUGUGUUUUGUCUCCUGUUUGGGUUGUGUGUCGAUGCACUUGUAUAUAAAUACGUUUUUGUGUGUGUGUGUGUGUGUGUGUGUGUGUUUGUUUUGU